UGAAAUUUUUAUCAAUAAAAGAAGGGAUUCUUGCCUAAACAGCUCCCCUUUACCUUUUACUCAACCAAUUUACAAAGAUUAAAAAAUGGCUGAUUUCCAGGAGUACAUGAUCCUUCUUCUCGUAUGGCUAGUCUCCAUGAUUGUGGUGAGAGCAGUACUAAGAAAAUUUCAAGCGAAGGCUCAUCUUCCACCAAGCCCACCAGCCCUACCAAUCAUUGGACACCUCCAUCUCCUUGGUUCAAUACCUCACCAAGGCCUUCACAAGCUUUCAAUCCGCUAUGGACCCUUAAUUCACAUAUCCCUUGGCUCUAUCCCUUGUGUUGUUGCUUCCUCCCCUGAGACAGCAAAAGCAUUCCUCAAAACUCAUGAAACUUCGUUCUUGGAUCGUCCGAAAAUGAUUGCUGUUGAUUACCUUACAUAUGGCUCAGCUGAUUUCUCCUUCACUCCUUAUGGACCAUACUGGAAGUUCAUGAAGAAAUUGUGCAUGACUGAACUUCUUGGAGGACGAGUACUAGAUCAGCUCCUUCCAGUCAGACAUGAAGAGAUAAGGCGGUUUUUGAAAAUCAUGCUAAAGAAAGCAAAUGCAGGAGAGUCAAUUGAUGUUGGAGGCCAGCUUAUAAGGGUAACCAAUAAUGUAAUAUCAAGAAUGAUUAUGAACCAAACAUGUUCAGAAGAUGAAGAUGAAGCUAAUAACGUCAGGAAAUUGGUGCAAGAGACGGCUGAGCUAACAGGGAAGUUUAAUUUGUCAGAUUUUAUUUGGUUAUGCAAGAACUUAGAUUUGCAGGGAUUUGGAAGAAGGAUGAAGGAAGUUCGUGACAAAUUUGACACAAUGACGGAAAGGAUCAUAACAAAGCAUGAAGAAGAAAGGAAGAUAAAGAAGGACACAGGUAGAGGAGAAUUGAUGAAAGAUUUACUCCAUAUUUUACUUGAUAUUCAAGAAGAUGAGAACUCAGAAAUGAAAUUGACAAGAGAGAACAUCAAAGCCUUCAUCCUGGAUAUUUUUGCAGCUGGGACCGACACAUCUGCCAUUACGACAGAAUGGGCACUAGCAGAGCUAAUAAAUCAUCCUGAUAUUAUGAAGAAAGCAAGAGAAGAGAUUGAUUUUGUAAUUGGAAAGAGCAGACUAGUUCAAGAAUUAGAUAUUCCUAACCUCCCCUACUUACAAGCUGUAGUAAAGGAAACACUUAGGCUUCACCCAACAGGCCCACUGAUUGUAAGAGAAUCAACUGAAACUUGUGCCAUCAAUGGGUAUGAAAUUCCUGCAAGGACUCGACUGUUUGUUAAUGUGUGGGCACUUGGAAGGGACCCAAAUCACUGGGAUAAUCCACUUGAAUUUUCUCCAGAAAGGUUUAUGAAUGCAGAAUCAAAUACAAAGAGUCAGCUAGAUGUCAAGGGGCAACAUUUCCAUUUGCUGCCAUUUGGGAGUGGAAGAAGGGGGUGCCCUGGAACUUCAUUAGCAUUACAAAUGGUACAAUCCAGCCUUGUUGCUAUGAUCCAAUGCUUUGAAUGGAAAGUUAAUGGAGGGAAUGGCACUGUUGACAUGGAAGAAGGACCUGGUUUAACUCUUCCAAGGGCUAAUCCUUUAAUUUGUGUACCGGUUGCAAGGCUAAAGCCAUUCCCAUCAUUCUGAUCGAUCAAGAAUUAAUAGGUUUUGAAUCCAUUACUCCUGCUUGCAACUAAAUGCAGAUUCUUAAAAAACCCAAUCCUUGAUUUUCUUAUUUUCAUGCAUAAUAAUCACAAAUA